AUGAUCCCUAUCCAGUCGCGCAUACGCGACAUGGCUCUGGCCAAGGCCAGCGCCGUGGCUCCCGUGGCCAGCACCGAUCCAGCACAAGUUUGCUUCUCCUGGAGUGGCAGCUCCUUUGAAUGCUCGCCUCUCUCUAACCCAUCUGCUCCUCCUCCCACACCAACCGACUCUCUCCUCGACAUCCACCCACGCAAGUCUUCAUUCUCUAGCGAGUAUGGUAUGGGAGCCGCCUGUGCUUUCCCAUCCUGGCCCAAAGGACCUUCUCUCUCAACGGACGACUCUCACGAUACCUUGACCAACGCCUAUCUCUCCGACGAAGACCUGCUCUGGAUGCCCGAGAACGCCGGUGUCGAGCCCCCCGAGCUCGAUGAGGAAGCCACCAAGACCCACGAGAUGGUCUCUUCCAUGACUAUGGAGCAACAGUUGGCGCGCAUGCGAGCCGUCGCCGAGGAAGAAGAUCGCCUUCGCUUCCUCGCCAAGGUCGAGGCCCACGCCCGCGCCACCCAGGCUCUCCGACAGACCAAGUUGGCUAUGCACGAUCGCGACACUACCCCCUCCAAGCGCAAGAAGCGUCGCGUCGUUCCAACUCCCAAGCGACGUGCUCACUCGUCCUCGGCCAAGGUAUCGAUGGGAACGCACUGA